AUGACGGAUUCAAAUGUUCGUGAUCUUUAUCAGAGAGCAUGUCAGAGCUAUGAUAAAAAUGGCUUUACUGAAGCUAAUUUAUGGUUCGAGGAAGUUAUAAAAUCUAUCAAAAGAGAAACUCCAGAUACUGAUUUACUGCAAAUGAAGUUCGAUAGUUAUUUAUAUAUUUCCAAAUACUAUGGCCUACGAGGAGAUUUAGAAAAAGCCAAAAAUGCCUACCGCAACGCUCACAAUAUCUAUCAAGUGUUCGUUCAAUCAGUGGGAAAUUGUCACGGAAAAUGUAACAUAAAUAAAGUCGAUGAAUUAAAAGCUAGCCUGGCCAAAGUUGUAAAAAAUCUGAACUCCAAUUUAAAACGUUCAUCGCAAGAUGUAAUUAAGGCCAAUAUCUAUGCCUACUUAGGAGCUGUAUAUGAAUGCCAAUCCAGAUAUUAUGAAGCUUGUUCUAAUUAUUAUAAAGCAUAUGAAAUAAAGAAAAAUAUUCCAAGCGAAAACAGCGAUGCUGUUGCCAAGUUGUUAGUUUACAUUCAGUCCCUUCCUUCACACCAGUCAAAUUUCACCAACACUUUGCAAAACAAUCAACAGCAGCGUGGUAACUACGAAAAACCAAGUGAAACUAUUGAUGAAAAAGUAACACUUUUAGAUAAUAAAACAGCUUGCAAAGAGACUGAAUCAAAUCCUCAGAAUACAUCAGUUGGCAACCAUAUGAAGCAAUUAGGAACAGAGAAUCGAUUGAAUCAAAUAAAUAUCAACUAUAAUACUGCUAGGUGUUCUUCAGCAUCACAGCCGGAUCAUUUUCGCGGUUUAAAUAGCACAUCUACCCAGCAAGAUUUUGGUGAAAGCAUUGCACGGACUAGUACAUGUGUGAAUCCUGCUCUAUGUCGACCAUCCAUACAAUCUGAAACCACUACUGAAUCAGAUGGACGCUUCGAAUUUCAUUCUCAUCUUUUAGUUUUAUCGCAGGAUAUAUUUAAUGUGAAAUUAAAAUUCGUGAGACUGGGCCACGUAGAUGAAUCUAAACCUUUCCCUUCAAAAUUGAGAUAUUUAAAGGUUGAAAACAAUUUCAUGGAAUACAUUACACUAAAUGAUAGAGAUAGUUAUGGAAUACGAUUUGUACCAAGUUGUUUAAUAUUGAAUGAGUUGGCAAGUGAAAAAAAUAAUCUGGACAGACCUCUUACACGAGAUAAUAAGGACAUUAUCACUAUUACUUUACGAUGCAAGAUACAAGACAACCCCAAGGACUAUGCAGAAUUAUGCCAGAUCUUCAUUAUAAAUUCCCUAAAUACAGUGAUCAAGUCGUGCUUCCUUUACAAGCCAGAUGAUGCUAUCUUUGAUCGCCCAGUUGAGAAAUCAUCUAAAAAAGUGUACAUCCGAGUUUUAUUUGCUAACUGA